AUGCAGACUCUUUUUCGUGCUUCAGAUUCGCAGUUACUUCGAAAUAUCUGUAAUUGGCUGACAGGUCCAGCUCGUGACUGUUGUGCUCCAAAUAUUGUUUGUAAUUCAGCGGAUAAAGACGAUAAUAACGGACAUAUAUAUUUUGAAACAAUAAAAAAUAUAAAAACUGGUGAAAUUAUGACAGUUGAUUAUUUAUUACCUAUGGAAUCUAUUAUGUCAACAUCUCAACGUCGAGCCAUUUUAAAACAUCAAUACUAUUUCGAUUGCGAAUGUUCACGUUGUAUCUGCCCGGAUAAUUGUCGUUUAUUAAAAUGUCUAUCAUGUAACAUUGGAUACAUUGAACUAGAUGGUGAAUCAAAAGAAAGUAUCUGGAAAUGUAACUAA